AUGAGUUACUUCCCUUUGUUUCACCCUGUCAGAAGGUCUAGUGAUAGCUUGACAGCCACAGACGAGAAGUUUCACCCUGUCAGAAGGUCUAGUGAUAGCUUGACAGCCACAGACGAGAAGUUUCACCCUGUCAGAAGGUCUAGUGAUAGCUUGACAGCCACAGACGAGAAGUUUCACCAUGUCAGAAGGUCUAGUGAUGGCUCGACAGCCACGGACGAGAAGUUACACCAUGUCAGAAGGUCUAGUGAUAGCUUGACAGCCACAGACGAGAAGUUUCACCCUGUCAGAAGGUCUAGAGAUAGUUUGACAGCCACAGACAAGAAGUUUCACCAUGUCAGAAGGUCUAGUGAUAGCUUGACAGCCACAGACGAGAAGUUUCAACCUGUCGGAAGGUCUAGUGAGAGCUCGACAGCCACAGACGAGAAGUUUCACCCUGUCAGAAGGUCUAGUGAUGGUUCUACAGCCACAGACAAGAAGUUUCACCCUGUCAGAAGGUCUAGUGAUGGUUCGACAGCCACAGACGAGAAGUUUCACCAUGUCAGAAGAUCUAGUGAUAGCUUGACAGCCACAGACGAGAAGUUUCACCCUGUCAGGUCUAGUGACAGCUCGACAGCCACAGACGAGAAGUUUCACCAUGUCAGAAGGUCUAGUGAUAGCUUGACAGCCACAGACGAGAAGUUUCACCCCGUCAGAAGGUCUAGUGAGAGCUCGACAGCCACAGACGAGAAGUUUCACCCUGUCAGAAGGUCUAGUGAUGGUUCGACAGCCACAGACGGGAAGUUACACCAUGUCAGAAGGUCUAGUGAUGGUUCGACAGCCACAGACGAGAAGUUUCACCAUGUCAGAAGAUCUAGUGAUAGCUUGACAGCCACAGACGAGAAGUUUCACCCUGUCAGGUCUAGUGACAGCUCGACAGCCACAGACGAGAAGUUUCACCAUGUCAGAAGGUCUAGUGAUGGUGCUACAGCCACAGACGAGAAGUUUCACCCUGUCAGAAGGUCUAGUGAUGGUUCGACAGCCACAGACGAGAAGUUUCACCAUGUCAGAAGAUCUAGUGAUAGCUUGACAGCCACAGACGAGAAGUUUCACCCUGUCAGGUCUAGUGACAGCUCGACAGCCACAGACGAGAAGUUUCACCAUGUCAGAAGGUCUAGUGAUAGCUUGACAGCCACAGACGAGAAGUUUCACCCUGUCAGAAGGUCUAGUGAGAGCUCGACAGCCACAGACGAGAAGUUUCACCCUGUCAGAAGGUCUAGUGAGAGCUCGACAGCCACAGACGAGAAGUUUCACCCUGUCAGAAGAAGGUCUAGUGAGAGCUCGACAGCCACAGACAAGAAGUUUCACCCUGUCAGAAGGUCUAGUGAGAGCUCGACAGCCACAGACGAGAAGUUUCACCCUGUCAGAAGGUCUAGUGAUGGUUCGACAGCCACAGACGGGAAGUUACACCAUGUCAGAAGGUCUAGUGAGAGCUCGACAGCCACAGACGAGAAGUUUCACCCUGUCAGAAGGUCUAGUGAUGGUUCUACAGCCACAGACGAGAAGUUUCACCCUGUCAGAAGGUCUAGUGAUAGCUUGACAGCCACAGACGAGAAGUUUCACCCUGUCAGAAGGUCUAGUGAUAGCUUGACAGCCACAGACGAGAAGUUUCACCAUGUCAGAAGGUCUAGUGAUAGCUUGACAGCCACAGACGAGAAGUUUCACCGUGUCAGAAGGUCUAGUGAUGGCUCGACAGCCACAGACGAGAAGUUUCACCCUGUCAGAAGGUAUAGUGAUAGCUUGACAACCACAGACGAGAAGUUUCACCCUGUCAGAAGGUCUAGUGAUAGUUUGACAGCCACAGACGAGAAGUUUCACCCUGUCAGAAGGUCUAGUGACAGCUUGACAGCCACAGACGAGAAGUUUCUCCCUGUCAGAAGGUCUAGUGAGAGCUCGACAGCCACAGAAGAGAAGUUUCACCCUGUUAGAAGGUCUAGUGACAGCUUGACAGCCACAGACGAGAAGUUACACCCUGUCAGAAGGUCUAUUGAUAGCUCGACAGUCAUUGACAAGAAUGCACAGAGUAAACUCUUGAUGACAGAUUGA